AUGUUUUUGCCUGAGACGUCCAAGCAGGCGGAGCAGCAAGCGAGUGCUUGGGGUGCCAGCCCAGGCAGACUAUUUAGGUGCAGGCAGGCGUGCCAGGACAGAGAAGGAAAUAGAAGGAGGAUAGCGGUCGCCAGCUUGCUGGCCCUCUGCGUCGGAUCCCUAUUGCUGCUGGAGACAGGAUCACUAGGCCGCCUUGCGGAGUCCCCAAUCAGCAAUCCUGGCAGGGUCCUGCUAGUGACCGCCCAUCCCGAUGAUGAAGUCAUCUUCUUUUCGUCGACCAUCUCAGCACUCCACGCUUCGGGUCUUGAAGUGUUUCUGCUGUGUCUAACUAACGGUGACGCGCACGGGCUUGGAGGAGUGAGGGAGAGGGAGCUCAGAGCAGCUGCAAAGGCUCUGCAGAUCGACAGCCUGCAUUUGAACAUCCUGAACGACAGCAGGAUACAAGAUGGGCACCACGAGGAGUGGGAGCAGGAAUAUGUAGCAGCUGUAGUGCGGAAGGAAGUCAGGAGGCUUUUGAUCAACACGAUCAUCACAUUCGACCCUGCCGGAGUGACGGGCCACAAAAACCACAAAGGGUGCCACGAUGGGGUCAGGCAGUAUGUGACGGCGUGCGUGAGGGAGGAGGGAAUGCAGCGGUGUCCGGACGCUUGGUCGCUGACGACUACAGAUGACGUGAGAACGCACCUGUCUAUUUUCGACAUAAUUCCCUCGGCGAUUGACGGCCACAGGGGGAAUGAGAGCGCCAUGUUCCUGAAUCACGACCUGCUCGGCAUGUUCAAGGCCAUGGCGGCCCACAAAUCGCAGUCACGCUGGUGGCGGCAUGUGCUGCUGACAAGGUACACAUUCGUCAACACGCUGCAGCGGGUGCAGCCCCUGCUGACGGAGUGGACGCUGCCGCUGCCGGCGCCCUCCGGCCUGGCCGCCACCGCCGCCACCGCCGAGGAAGCGGGGGAACCCCAGGGGGACCAGGUCACUACCGCGGCAAUGACCAGUGGCGCCGCGGCCAAGCGCGACAAGUUCAUGGCCCGCAUGAGCCGCCGUGUCAUGAAGAACAUCCGCCGGUGA